AUGGUGUCAGCUUCAACCCAACGCAUCGUCUUGCCGUCCAUGGUGACGCCAGAUCUCCCCGAGAAUUUCAUGCUCGAUCCAACCUUCACUCUACCGUCCAUGGUACCGCCAGAUCGGCCAGAUCGUCUCGAAAGGUUCAUGCGCAACCUGCCCUUCCCUCUAACGUCCAUGGUGACACCAGAUCCCAUGUUGACGCCAGAGCGCACCGAGAACUUCAUGUUCAACCCACCCUUCACUCUACUCUUUCUCCCUCGCCCAUUCUCCGCUUCAGGUAUCCGUGUCCUCCCCACAAACAUCAUCACCGCCUGCCCCGACUACCCGAGGCACCUAACACACGAUUUGGACUAUACAUUCUUGUACCCGCGGAUGGAAGCGACGUACAACCGAAGCCAGUUCCUUGUCUCAUCGCGCUGGCCUGCGCUCUACCUGAAGGACAUGGCGAGUUCUGCGGCGUGGUGCGAGGCUCAUGUACCCUCCGGCAAGGAACCCGCGUUCAAUGUGAACAACCCACCCAGAGAUCGGGCGAUCCAUGUCGUUAAAGACGAGUUCUUAACCUCCGAACCCAGGCUUUCGGCUUUCUUUAUGCAAGAUACGGACGGAAACGUUCAUACAAGGGGGUACAUGGCUCAUGUGAUUGCAAAGUCGAUUUACGAUGAGUUCAAGGCUUGGGUGCAUAUGCAGAAGCACGUGCCGGGAAUGGAGGUGGUUAGGCCGCCAUGUUUGAAUGCGGAUGUGGGGGAAGAGUUUUAUAAUCCCGAUGGGUUUAGGUUUAUGGGGUUUUUGGCGUACAUAGUGAACUUGGAGCUGGGGGAGAUUGUGUAUAUACCCCUGUUGGGGUAUACACCUGCUCCUGUGGAUCGGCGGCUGGUUGAACGGUUGACGGCUGUUUGA